CGGGUCCAUGAAGUGGUUGAAAACUUGGUCAACAAGCCGCCAGUCCGCGCGCAGCUCUCAGCUCUCAGCUCGCGGACUUCUUCUUCACUUUGUCCCGCCGAUUGUCGGUCCAUCGUUACACAACUCGGUAAAGUCCGUGAGGAGCAGGUUCUCCCGGCGGUUCGGAGGCUGAGGGCGGGAUUAAAGAAGUUCUGGUUCCGUAGUAACGGAGGUAAGCCGCGGCUCGGACGGCGCGCGGCUCCAUGCGGGCGGAUUAUCUCCGAGUCUAACAAAAGAGCCGGUCUGCGCGCGCUCCGCUCGGUCCCCCCUCCCGGUGCUCCCCGUCCAGGACUCCGGUUUGAAUCUGACGGUCGACUUUGGUUUGUUUAGUCCGAGUUCGGGUCCCAGAUUCGGUCUUCGUGACUCGGUUUCCCUCCUUUUCCUGAAAGCGGACCCGGAGCGAUGCCGCUGCUCCACAGGAAAGCCUUCAUCCGGCAGAGACCACCUGCGGACCUGCGGCCGGACGAGGAGGUCUUCCUCUGCAAGAUCACACACGAAGUCUUCAGGUCCUACGAUGAGUUCUUCGAGCGCACCAUCCUGUGUAACAGUCUGGUGUGGAGCUGCGCUCUGACGGGCCGAGCGGGCCUCACCUACCUGGAGGCGGUGGAGAGCGAGCGGCGGGCGAAGCAGAGUCUGCAGAGCUUCGCUCCGUCUCUGCUGGUUCCUCUGCUCCACCUGGCCGCUCAGAGCCGCCGCUGCCGGCUGACGGAGCUCUGCGAGGACGUCUACGCCUUCGUCAAAGACCGCUUCUUCCCCGGAGAGACCGUCGACGUCACGGGACGCAACGGAGCCAGACAUGUGUGUGAGAUCCUGCAGGUUCACUCUCCUCACUCCAGCGCUAACGGAGCGCCGGCCGCUAACGGCCACGCCAAAGCAGCGGACGGUGACACCAUCGUCAUCAGUGACAGCGACGACGAGAGCAAAGCCUUCCAGAGUCCCACGGCGCAGGUCAACGGGAAGAAGAAGAAGAAGAAGCCUCUGAGUCCGUCAGUGUUUAAAUACACAGUGAGGAUGAUGAAGGACGAACACAGCGAGGCGUUCACUGUCAGAGCCAAUCAGAUCAGUCGCAGGAAGGCCAGCGUGUCCAGAGAGAGACUGAAGCUGCUCUUCAAGCAGCACUGUGAGCCUCACAACGGGACCAUCGCACUCAAGCCCUCCACAGUGAUGAAGUACCGGCUGUCUGAACAAACCUUCUCGCAGUUCUUCCCUGACGAGCCGCCACUGUUCCCCUUCAGCCCCUCCUCUAAAGGCGCGGGGCGGGGCUCCCCUGGCCAGGCGGGCUCGUCGCUGCUGAAGGCGGCGGAGAAGCUGAAGCUGCUGCAGCAGAGGGAGGAGAUGGCAGCUGCAGCUCAGGACAAAGCCCGGCUGAAGAAGGAGAAGGAGGAGGUGCAGGAGGCCAAGAGGAGGGAGAGGGAGGACCGAGAGAGGCUGAAGGAGGAGCAGAGGAGGAGGUUUGAGGAGGAGAAGCAGAGGAGGAAGGAGGAGAAGGAGCAGAGGAAGCUGGAGAAGGAGAGGGAGCGAGAGAAGCUGAAGGAGGAGAAGAAGAAAUACGCUGAGCGACUGAAACUGUGGAACAAACCCAGAGAGGACAUGGAGUGUGAAGACCUGAAGGACCUGCCCAGUGCGGUUCCAGUGAGGACUCGACUUCCACCCGAGCUCUUUGGAGAAGCUCUGAUGGUUCUGGAGUUCCUGCGGGCCUUCGGCGAGGUCUUUGACCUGAAGGACGAGUUCCCCGACGGAGUCUCUCUGGAGGUUCUAGAGGAGGCUCUGGUGGGUUCUGACCCUGAAGGUCCCCUGUGUGAGCUGCUGUUCUUCUUCCUGUCGGCCAUCUUUCAGGCUCUGGAUGAGGAGCAGGAGGAGGUGGCUAAAGACCAGGCUGAAGACCUGUCGGAGGCUCUGGACGACGACUCUGACGCCACCCAGUCGGCGCUGAACGCCGUCGCGUCAUUGGCUGCGGCCUGGCCUCAGCUGCAUCAGGGCUGCAGUCUGAAACAGCUGGACCUGGACAGCUGCACGCUGUCAGAGAUCCUGCGGCUGCACAUCCUAGCGUCCGGCGCCGACUGUUACCAUGGCAACGCCAAGUUCCGUUACCAGAAGCAGGGCGGGUUCUUGAUGAUGGACGACCCCUGUGUCGAGCUGCGAUUGGCCGAGCCGGCGCUGCUGAAGAAGCUGACGAGCACGGCGGUGUACGACCUGACGCCAGGGGAGAAGCUGAGGAUCCUGCAGGCUCUGGUGGGGAAGCUGCUGACGUUAGCGUCCAGCAGAGACCUGAUCGAAGACUGUGUGGAGGAGCAAAGAGCCGCUAGGCAGGAACUGAGAGAGAUCAGAUCGGAACAACACCGCCGCGAGAGGGAGGAGGCCGCACACAGGGUUCGUCUUCGUAAAGAGGAGAAGCUGAGGGAGCAGGAGCAGAGGCUGAAGGAGAAGGAGGAGAGACUGAAGGAGCAGGAGGUGAAGGGAGGACUCCAGACUAACAGCGAGACUGCAGCACGAAACACUGAGGAAGACGAGGAGCAGAAGUCUUCCUCCAGCAGCAGGAAGAAGAAAGCUGAACCGACCUCCGACCCCAAAGCCCCGUCCUGCCCCCCCACCAGCCUGACUGCAGAGCAGCUGGAGAACGAGCAGGAGAAGGUUCGAGAGCUACAGGAGCGGAUCCAGAAGGCGGCGGCCUGCACCUGCCUGCUGCCUCUGGGCAGAGACCGUCUGUACCGCCGUUACUGGCUCCUCCCCUCAGCCUCCACGCUGUUUGUAGAGGACGACUUCUUCGGCAUGACGGAGGAUAUGCUGCAUCCACGGCCAAAACCCGCACAGGACGCCACAACCAAGAUGGAGGACGACGAGGUCGUCAAGGAGGAGCCCGCCGAGGGAAGUGCUGCCUCAAGCCCCGCCCCCAUCUACACCUGCGGGCCGCCAGUCAAACGGCCCAACCAGUGGUCCUUCUACACCUCAGUGGAGGAAGUGGAUCAGCUGAUCGAGGCUCUGAACCCACGUGGUCACAGAGAGAGCAGCCUGAAGGAGGCGCUGCUGCAGGAGAGGGAGAGACUGCAACACCUGCUGCAGAACUGUGACCGCAACAAAUACAGCCGCUCAGAUGAUCCGGAGUCAUCACGAUCUGUCCCAGAAUGCACUGCUGCAGCUGAGACUCUGAUGGAGGUGAGACUGAGAGACCUGCUGCUGGACAUCGAGGACAGAAUCCACCAGGGAACUCUGGGAACUCUGAAGGUGAUGGACAGACAGGUGUGGCGCUCUGCGCUGGAAGCAGGAAGCUACGAGCUGCUGUGUUCAGACGGCAAAGAGAGCGGAGGGAUGAACGGACGAGUGGAAUCCAUGGAGGUGGACUCACCUGCCCCCCUCAGAGCCAGGGACAGGCUGCAGGAGCUGAAGGGCGACGGCGUGGCCUCGGGCAGCGGGACUCCUCAGGUGGUCAGCAGCUCAGUACGGAUCCUGGCUCAGGCCCUCGUUCACAUCGAGCAAGGCAUCGAGAGGCGCUUCCUCAAAGCUCCGCUGGGUGAGGAAGACUCCAAGAAAGACCAGAAGACCAAGAAGACCAAGAAGAAAGACGAGGACCAGGCCAGUGAUGAUGGCAGUGACAGCGGCCGGGUCAGUAAGACGGUGUUGGAGCGAUGGAGGGAGUCUCUGCAGUCCUGCUCAAGUCUGUCUCAGGUGUUUGUCCACCUGUCCAGUCUGGAGCGAAGCGUUCUUUGGUCCCGCUCAGUCCUCAACGCUCGCUGUCGCAUCUGCAGACGCAAAGGAGACGCCGACAACAUGCUGCUGUGUGACGGGUGUGACCGAGGACACCACACCCACUGUCUGAGGCCCCGCCUCAAGUCGGUUCCAGAGGGCGACUGGUUCUGUCCAGACUGUCGACCCAAACAGAGAUCCAGCCGCCUGCCGUCCCGUCAGCGCUCUUCUAUUGAUGAGGAGGAGGAGGAGGAGGAGGAAGAACAGGAGGACGAGGAUGAACAGGAAGAGGAAGAGGAGGAGGAGGAGGAAGAGGAGGAGGAGUCAGAGGAAGAAGAGGAGUCGGAGGAGGAGGAGGAGGAGGAGGAGGAGGAAGUAGCAGUGAACACCAAGAAGAUCCCGCCCCCUAAAGGAAAGAGCCAGCAGGCCACGCCCAAAGGUCAGCAGGCCACGCCCAAGAACAGCGCCGGCUCUGCAGGGAAAACGUCCACAGUCUCCAAGUCCUCAGGGAAAAAGGCCACGCCCCCCCCAGUGAAGGCCAACAUGGUGUCUGGAGGUAAAGCUCCGGCCCGCUCAGGGAGUCGAGUCAGCGCCCGUCUGAGCCACGAAAUCAUGCCACAAAACGGCAACACAAAGACCUCACCUGGUCAGAGUGAACCCCACAAGAGACCGCCAACAGAUGGGCCGUCCCCACCUAAACCCUCCAGACCCGUCCUCCCUCCUUCAUCAUCGUCCUCCUCGUCUUCAUCCAGCCGGCGCUCCUCCGGCAGGAACCACGGCGUCCAUGAGCUGUCGGCCUGCGAGCAGCUGACUGUGGAGCUCGUCAGACAUGAAGACAGCUGGCCCUUCAUGAAGCUGGUGUCCAGGACUCAGGUCCCUGACUACUAUGACAUCAUCAAGAAGCCGAUCGCCCUCAGCACGAUCAGAGAGAAAGUCAACAACUGUGAAUACCAGACGGCAGGUGAGUUCGUCUCAGACGUGGACCUGAUGUUCUCUAACUGUCUUCAGUACAAUCCUCGUCACACUAACGAGGCGAAGGCCGGACUCCGCCUGCAGCAGUUCUUCCACUCGGAGCUCAGCAGACUCGGCCUAUCAGAGCGCAGCUCCGCACCGCCCGCUAAACGCUCCCGACACUGAAACCGAACGCACUCCUCUGACCUCACGGCCGUCCACUCAGCUGAUUGGUCCAGGGACGAGACGUGGCCCGAUGACCUCUGACCCCCGUGAACCCACAACGCCCUGCAGGGGUCAGAGGUCAUGGACAUUAUAAUACCCCCACAGGUUACAUCAGACCAGCUCAGACAGUCUCACCUGGUCACCUGACCAAGAGCUUCUCUCUAAAACAAGCCAAACUUCUGGAAGAUAGUUUCAGCUCCUUGUGAACCCGUAGAAACGUUGUGGAGUAGAUAUUCCUGCUGCCGUUUGGGGCAUUGAUCAGUCUGCGUGGACGGACGCUGGACGUGUAGCGGACUUCCUGUGGUGCUGUAGGACGUAGAGACAGACGAGUCCACGGUUCUCUAAACCACUAAAGAGCGUUCGGCUCUCAGAUCAGGUUCUGGUGUUUUGCUCAGGGACAAAUUGUUUGAUUUGAAUAAGAAAUAUUUUCUAACAGAGCAGCUGUUUUUUACUGAAGCAGAGCAUCGUCGUGGCAACAAGGUCAAAGGCUAUGGGAGCCUGCGGCGGCCAAAUUAAUGUGACAAACAUUUAAAAAGAUCUGUGGUAAAUAUUCUAAACCCGAGACUCCAUCAGGACAAAAGCGUUCAGACAAAAAAGUUAUAAACAAAGAUCAGAUGUAAACAUUCUGACGUACAUCGAGAGCACACACACAGAAGUUCAUUUUAAUAUUGGCAGCCCGAGUCUUUCAUAGACUAAUUUAUAAAACUGUUAACGAGGUCAAACAUCAGCACAGGCCCCGCCCUCUAAAGACACUGGCCCCGCCCCCUGGCCUCGCGUUUCCUCCAAAGAAAACAAGAACCUGAGUCCUGCUGUCAGAGUUUAUCUGAAAUAUUCAAACAGGAAAUCAAUAUUUAAUCAAACUAAUGACGGUGACUGAAAUGAGAACCGGGACCUCAGGAAGCUGAUUGAUUAUUUUUAUAGAUUAUUAAAAAGAUGGAGCUUGAGGUGCUUUGUUGAGGAUCUCAGGACCUGGUUUAUGUGGAGGAAACUCGUGGUGUGGCGUUUUAACCUGCUUUGAUAGAAUCGGCCUUUAAAGGAACAGUUUCAGUCAUCAGUCUCAUGCCUGUGUGUUUAGCUUAGCUUAGCAUAAAGACUGGAGGAGGUGGAAACAGCUAGCCUACUGCCCCCUGACUGACAUCGCGUGAGGCUGGUAGACGCGCUGUUCCUUUAAGAACCGGAGCCGCCGUGGCCUCUGUGGAUUUGUAGUUUUUGUAUUUUGACUACUGCAAAGUUUUUCCUGCUUUAGGCAGUUUUGUUCUGUGACGUUAGCGUGUCCGCAGUCAGCUGCGUAUUUAUUUAGCCGUGCGUUGUCUUUAUUUAUGACGGAUAGAUGCCUCCUGCCUCCCGGUGCUCUCUCACUUGUUGUUGUUGUUGUUGUUGUUCUUCUUCUGAUUGUUGUUCUGAUGUACAAAUAAAAAUAAACACUUUUAUAACCA